AUGAAGCCAGCAAAGUGCUUUAUGGAUAAUUGUCUAAAUGAUCCAGAGUAUAUAUGCAAAUGUACACCUGCUCGCACUCUUUUUUGCAGCGCACAUGCAAGAAAUCACAUGGUUAUGAAGUUUAAAAAGCCUCAUGAGUGAAUUGAUCUUUACUUUGAGCCAAAUCCAGAUUCGAAAAAGAUAAUCAUCAAGAAACUCAAUGAAAUAAAAAAUGAAAUUCGCUCAUGUCUUGAUAAACUUAUGCUGCAGUAUGGAGAACUAUUAGAAACAAUUGAAAAAUCUUUGAGCAUUGCUCUGGAGAAAUAUUAUAAAUUAAAUGAUGAGUGCGAUGAAAUCAUUCUUUUUGCGUCCCAAGAGAGGAUACUUAAUGUUAAAACAGAAAAGGGGGUGGGAAAGUAUCUUAAACUUGGGCCUGAAGAAUGCAAAGAAUCAAUACAAUAUUGAAAAAUGCCUGAAAUAAAAGAAGAUUUAAGCAAAAUCAAAGAAUAUAUUGAAGAGCUUUAUGGAAACUUGGAAGUGAAUCCAUUCAAAGAAAACGAAAACGAAAUAUGCUUUAUAACACAGAAUAACCCUGGGCAAUUUAAUUCAGUAAAUUUAGCUUCAAUGACGAUCUCAACCAAAACUAUCGAUCUUUUACAAAAACUACAUAAUGCUAGCUCUAUUUUAAUCCCUACCAAUAGCUCAGUUUUUUUUCAUGGAAGUAACAGAAAUAAUAACAUGCGCUAUCCAGAUUCUUCCGUGAGUAUCAAUUUAAUUGUCGAUGAAUUUAAAAAUGCUAAAAUAAUUUCAUCAGGAACACCAGCAACAAAGCCAUUGCUAGCAUAUUAUAAAUCAUGUGUUUAUGCCUUUGGGGGGUGAACUAAAGAAUAUAUAUCAGAAAAAUAUAAUUUAGAAGAAAAUAAAUGAACCAAGCUUAAAUCUCUUCCAACUCAAUACUGUUGAUGCAACUCUCAUUCUACAUUAUUUAACAAUUUUAUUUUGAUUACUGCCUAUUGCUGAACAAAUAUGCAGUGUUAUGAUAUAAAGAAGGACACUUUUGAAAUUAUUCCAAACUUAAAAUUAAAUUAUUCGAGAUAUAAAUCAAUCUUUUCUUAUGAUAGAAGAGCCUAUCUUUUUGAGUUUGGAUUAAAUAUCUAUCAAAGUGAAAAAGAUGACUUUUCCACAUGGCAACUUAUAGGAGACAAUCGAAUUUGUAAUUCAAUACCUCAGUCCUAUAGCCUAAUAUUUAAAAGCAAUAUUUAUUUUAUAAAUGAACAGAAUAGCUUAAUAGAAUUCAAUCUCAAAGCCAAGGAGCUAAAAUGUGCUCAAAAUUCUGUUUAUAAUCUAAAAAAAGCAUAA